GUACCUUGGUAGGCGACUCGUGAUUCUUGCGGCCUCGCACUAGGUAUGCCUAGGUGAGCCUCGAUGGUCAAGUGGGAACGUGUGAUUGGACGAAAGGGGUGGGGCCGCUUUUGAGAUGGACUCGCUUGCAAUUUGGAUCUCGACUAGCUACUGACCUAUAUGAAUGUUUUCAAACUUCAGAAUCAUUUUUCAUCCGCCUUCAUCCAAAUUCGUCCAACUGCAACUAAACUCAUCCAAACUCAUCCAAACUCAUCCAAAUUUAUUUGACUUUAUUUAAUUUCAAGAUAAGGAUCGAAAACUGUUCAAAUUUACUAGACUUAUUGAAAUCAACAUGGAAAUUGAACCACGAUCUCUCGCAGUUUCCAAGUCAAAUGGAGUGGAAGUCCUCCGCAACCUUCUCGGCUUCGGUGCAGGCGAGAUGAUUGAUGCUAUCUUCGUGGCGAUCGAUUUCGAAGGCUGCCAAAACAUCGAAAACGCAUUCCAAACUUCGAUUGACUCGGAAUUUGGUGUCGCCUAUCUCGAUACUCGAGAUCUCUUGCAUCACGAGGAGAAAGACCCCUCAUCUUUUAUCACGACUCAAGAAUUCGCCACUGGCAGUAACUCUCGAUUUGACAAAGCUGUGAAAAACUUCAGAUUCGGAGUCGCUGAAAGAGUAUCAAUCUACGACUUGGGAGAAAAGAUUCGCCAAUGUUUGAAUCCACAGGAUGCUGAUAUCACCAACGAGAAACGGAAAGUCAUCAUCGUCAGACACUGGCGAAAUGAAAUGAGAUCUGUUGAGGCGCUGCGCAUAUUUAGUCAUGAUCUCCGCUGUGUUCACAGAAUCCUCGACAUCUCGCGGACUGCCAACGAGCUCUUCGAGCGGCCUCCGGGUUGCCCUAUAGGAUUGACAAAGCUCUCUUCAGACCUAUCACUGCCUUUCCGAGGCGAGGACUUCCAUACCGCAGGAAACGAUGCAAAUUGCACGUUGCGAGUCCUUCUAAUGUUGGCGGUCAAGUCACAAGAAAAUAUCAUACCUGAAGGGCCACAAAGCAAACUUGUGGCUCUUCUCCGACAGAUUGCGCAAGCUCCGCUACCACCCACAAAGUCCGAAGAAGAGGUCAACCGGCUUCUAGCGAUGCAGCCCACAGAACCUUUGGACGAUGCCGCACAACCGGUAGACAUGUCCCGUUUCUAUGUCAAGCUGACCAAAGCUUCCUUGAGGCAGCGAUUCACACAGAGACGGCAAGAAAAGGAUAAUGACCCAGAAGAGCGAGCGAGACGAGCUGCAAUUCGAGCUAAUCGAGAUUUGAAGGAAGAUGGUGAGAACUUCAUGGGGGCGUUGCAACAACUUGAGAUCAGAGUUUCGAAUGCCGCAAGUUAAGGAGACAGUCUUCCGGCAUUUGGUACGCACAAUGUCAUCCCAGAUCUUCAGCCGCAAUGGUAGUAUAAGUACCACGAUGCCACUAUCACCCAUUUCACGACGAAUUCCAUCCCAAGCGACAAUGUUAAUUACCUAUCUGACCAAUAUACACGAGCU